AUGGCUAAACCAAAAGUACUUUUCAUUGGAGAAUUAAAUCGAGAACUUGUUCAAUUCAAACAUUUCCAAUCCAAAUAUAAUUGUAUUUUUAUCCAACUCACCACUAGAGAACAAUUUAUUAAUGAUUUAAUUAAUAAAUAUCAUGAUAUUGUUGCAAUUUAUGGAGCUUGGCUUGGAUUUUUACCUAUUGGUGGAUUUAGAACUGUUAUUGAUUAUGUUCCUCGACUGUUAAAAAUAAUUGCUUUUUGUUCAGUUGGAUAUGAUCAUGAAGAUGCUAAAAUAUUACAACAACAUGGAAUUACUUUAACUAAUGUACCUAGUGAUGGAGCUGCAGGUCCUGUAGCUGAUUUAGUAUUAUAUUUGACAUUAACUAGUUUUAGACAAUUUCAUAUGUAUGGGAAUGAAUUAUUGAAAAAUCCUCAUACAGUUGAUUUAAGAUAUCAAUUGAAUCAAAAUGAUUUUGAUUCUCAAUCAGGUAAAGUCAUUAGUGGUGGUAGUGAUGGUGGUGUUGGUUCUGGGUAUGAUUUUGGUCAUUAUUUGAAUCAUCGAGCUAAUACUUCUCCAAGAGGUCAUAAUGUAGUAAUUAUUGGAUUUGGGAAAAUUGGUCAAACUAUUGGGAAAAAAUUAUAUGAUAUAGGAAUGAAAAUUAAUUAUAUUAAACGGAAUAAAUUAACUUCAUUACAAGAACAUAAUUUAGGUUAUCCAGUGGAAUAUUAUUCGAAAAUUAUUGAUAUUCCUCAAAAAAUUGAUUUAAUAAUUAUUGCAUGUCCAGCAACUCCAGAAACUUAUCAUUUAAUUAAUAAAACCGUGAUUCAACUGAUUAAAAAUCCAUUUAGAAUUAUAAAUAUUGGUCGUGGUACAAUAAUUGAUGAAAAUUCAUUAGUUGAAGGAUUAAAACUAGGGAAAAUCUUAUUUGCUGGAUUAGAUGUUUUCGAAAAUGAACCUAAAAUUCAUCCAGAAUUACUUGGAAGAGAUGAUGUUGUAUUAACUCCUCAUAUAGGAGCUUCAACUGUUGAAAAUUUUGAUUAUACUGCUGCUAAGGCAUUAGAAAAUAUUGAUCAGAUUAUUACUCAAGGUAAAUGUUUAAAUAGAGUCAAUUAG